AUGGCACUCACGAGGUCCCUGCCACAGCUGGCACACAUCAUAUCCGCUCAUGCCAACUCCAUCCACGAUGACUACGAAUCUUGCGGAAUUCAACAGCCGUCUUUCGAAUGUGGCACCAGCCACUACGCUGGACCAUAUACGAGUCAAGUGGAGAACAGCCGGGCAGAACUCCUGGAAGCCAUUGACGAGCUGAGGUCCCUGAUCGUCGGGCCCGCUGGACAUGUGUUUUUCAUGUCAUUUAUGGGACCUGCUUGGACGGCGACACUCAAUGUUUUAUACAAGUUCCAGAUCCCAAAGCAUGUUCCAUUGGGGGAUUUCAUAUCAUACAGGGACCUUGGUGCCAAGUGUGGACUUUCUGAGGUGAAUGCUCGACGCUAUGUGCGCUCCGCAAUUUCUUUCCGUAUCUUCUCUGAGCCCUGUCCCGGAAGGGUCCAGCAUAAUGCUGCCUCGGCAAUACUCGCCACUACCACACUUCAUGACUGGAUCGGCACGGCGACGGAAGAUCUUGCCCCAUCAGCUUUGAAAGUAUCAGAAAGCAUGAUAAAAUUCCCUGGGGGGGUUGAGCCUGCUGAAAGCGCCUUCGCAAUCGCCAAUGGAAGCAAGGGCGACAAAGACCUCUUCACGAUUGUCUCAGAUCAACCAGAACGCGUGGAACGCUUCGCCAACGCCAUGGCAUGGUCCAUGAAAGUCCCAGGCAUGGAGCCUGCAUACACGGUCAACCACCUUGGCUGGGGCAAUGGGAGAAAAACAAAAUCAAGGUGGUGUCCGAGAGUGAUUGUCGAUGUUGGAGGGGGCACAGGCACAUUGUGCAAAGCAAUUUUGCAAGCCUAUGUAGGGAUCGAGAAGGCUAUCGUCGAGGAUCUUCCCGACGUCAUCGCCCAAGGAGUCGCACAGGCCUCGUCCGAUUUCAAAGGGCGCCUGGAAUUCCACGGAUACAAUUUCUUCACCGAGCAGUCGAUAAAGAAUGCCGACGUGUAUAUCUGGCGGUGCGUUCUGCAUGACUGGCCUGAUAGCUACGCAGCAAAAAUUCUCAAAAACCAGAUUCCAGCACUCAAACCGGGUGCCCGGCUGUUGCUCCUGGAACGUUGCCUCGAAGAUCCGAAACCGUUUGGGCAUGUCAGCGACCAAUUUGCCAUGUCUUGCGAUAUUCUCAUGCAUCUGUGUGCAAACGCCAAGGAGAGAAGCCGUGAUGACUGGGUCGCUCUAUUUGCGUUGGCCGACCAACGCUUCCGCAUCAAAUCCAUCACCACACCACCUCAUUCUGCGCUGUCUAUCAUUGAAGUGACCUGGGACGAGAAAGACGAAGCAGUCAGCCCGGUCUGUAGUUUUGGUGAAAGUUACCAACAGUGCCGCGGCGCUUCAAACCGUCAUAUGAUAUCUCCGCCUCCUGAAGUGCGUCGGCUCAAGAAGCUGAGUUCAACACCAUACUCCUCAAUUGAACCUGAGGUAAAUAAAUACCAAAAAGGAAAGCCGGGGCAGGAUCCGAAGCAGGACCGCGAAGUUAUAUCAAGAAGCGUUGUAGAUCGCGCAAGGUCGACAAGAUCGAAUCGACACGGAGUGCGGGAAGAUGAGAGGUCAGGAUUGAGAUCAGACCAAGACCAACUUACGCCAAAAUCGAACAGCUAA